AUGGUGUUUGGCGAUUCGCUGGUGGACAGUGGAAACAACAAUUACGUUGACACCACGCUCAAGGCAGAUUUGCCUCCUUACGGGAUCGAUUCUCCCACCGGCCGCCCAACUGGCCGCUUCUGUAAUGGCCGCAACUUCGCCGAUCUCAUCAGUGAAGUUCUUAAGUUGCCGGAGUCCCCAUCGCCGUUCUUGAGCCCGCAGCUUAGCGGGGAAAGGCUGCUCUACGGUGCGAAUUUCGCCUCCGGCGGAGUUGGGAUAUCGAAUGACACGGGAAUCCAGCUAGGGAACAUAAUAAGAAUGCCGGAGCAGAUCGCAUCCCUGGAGCGGUACCGGACCCAGUUGGCGGCGGUGGUCGGAGGGAAGGAAGAGGCCCGGAAACUGGUGAAUCGGGCACUGUUUUUCAUCAGCCUCGGCACUUGGGACCUGGUCGGCAACUAUUUCUCGCCCCCUUUCUCAGCCCGUGCCGGCCAGUCCACCGUGGCGGAUUUCAUCGAUUACCUCAUCUCCGAGUACGCGAUAAUCUUGCGGAGGUUGGUGGAGCUGGGGGCUCGCCGCGUUCUGGUGCUCGGGCCGGGCCAGUUGGGAUGCCUGCCGGUGGAGUUGGCGAUAAGGGGCAGGGGCAGCAACCGCGCCACGGACUGCGGUUCUGAGAUCCAGACAGCUUCGUUGCUCUUCAACUCUCAGCUCACCCAGAUAACUCAGCAACUCAACCGUGAGCUUGGAAGUGACGUCUACGUUGCUGCCAAUAGGUAUAUGAUGGCCUAUAACUUCAUCAACAAUCCUGAUGCUUACGGUUUUACCGAAACAGGCGUGGCCUGUUGCGGGCAGGGUCCUUAUAACGGGGUUGGCCAAUGCACACCUGCAUCGAAUCUUUGCUCAAACCGGGAUGAGUAUGUUUACUGGGAUCCCUACCAUCCAACAGAGAGAUCUGCCGAGGCAAUACUCGAGGUGAUCUUGACAGGUCCUCCAGACGUCAUCUCUCCAAUCAACCUCAACACCAUGAUGGCCGCAAACACUGAGACUUAA